AUGAGUGAGCAGGCAGAUAAAGACAAUUCCACUCAAGAAGGACAAACAGAUCAAAGUUCUUCAGAGAAAAACUCUCAGAUUGGACAGAAGCAACUGCAACAAAUAGAACGGCAGCUGAAAUGCUUGGCAUUUCAAAACCCUGGACCACAGGUAGCAGACUUCAAUCCUGAAACAAGACAGCAGAAAAAGAAGGCACGGAUGUCAAAGAUGAAUGAAUAUUUCUCUGUAAAGUACAAAGUUGUGAAAAAGUAUGACAAAAGUGGCAGGCUAAUUUGCAAUGACAUGGAUCUGUGUGACUGCCUCGAGAAGAACUGCCUGGGCUGCUUCUACCCCUGCCCCAAGUGUAACUCCAACAAGUGUGGGCCCGAGUGCCGCUGCAACAGAAGAUGGGUUUACCAUGCCAUUGUCACCGAAUCUGGAGAGGUCAUCAGCUCACUGCCAUUCAACAUUCCGGACUAG